CCUGACCGCGUCCUUUGUGCGGCGCCGGGGGAGACGCCGGGGCCGAUCGCCGCGGCGGCCGGAAAAGCAGGCGCCGGGCUGCGAUCCCUGCCCGUUCCCGGGGAGUGGCCGGGGGCGAUCGGCCGUCUCCUAACGCCGUCGGGAAGCCGCAGCAUCAUGAUGGCCAACAGACCCCGGAGCAGCGAGGCGCUCAAGGUGGUGGCCCGCUGCCGCCCCAUGAGCAGGAAGGAGGAGGCGGCGGGGUACGAGAGGAUCUUGGAGAUGGACGUGAAGCUGGGUCAAGUGACCAUCCGCAACCCCCGGGCCUCGCCGGGGGAGCUGCCCAAGACGUUCACCUUCGACGCCGUCUACGACGCCAGCUCCAAGCAGGCUGACCUCUACGACGAGACGGUCCGGCCGCUCAUAGACUCUGUGCUGCAGGGCUUCAACGGGACCAUCUUCGCCUACGGCCAGACGGGGACCGGCAAGACCUACACUAUGCAGGGGGCCUGGGCCGAGCCGGAGAAGAGGGGCAUCAUUCCCAUCUCCUUCGAGCACAUCUUCACCCACAUCUCCCGGUCGCAGAACCAGCAGUACCUUGUGAGGGCCUCGUACCUGGAGAUCUACCAGGAGGAGAUCAGAGACCUCCUGGCAAAGGACCAGAACAAGAAGCUGGAGCUGAAGGAGAACCCUGAGACGGGGGUUUACAUCAAGGACCUCUCCUCCUUCGUGACGAAAAACGUCAAGGAGAUCGAGCACGUCAUGAACCUGGGGAGCCAGACCCGGUCCGUGGGCAGCACCAACAUGAACGAGUACAGCUCCCGCUCCCACGCCAUCUUCCUCAUCACCAUCGAGUGCAGCGAGACGGGGCUGGACGGUGAGGAGCACAUCCGGGUGGGCAAGCUCAACCUGGUGGACCUUGCCGGCAGCGAGCGCCAGAGCAAAAUGGGCGCCCACGGAGAGCGCCCCAAGGAAGCCUCCAAGAUCAACCUCUCCCUCUCCGCCCUGGGCAACGUCAUCUCGGCUCUAGUUGACGGCAAAAGCACGCACAUCCCCUACAGAGACUCCAAGCUGACCCGUCUGCUGCAGGACUCCCUGGGGGGCAACGCCAAGACCAUCAUGGUGGCCACCUUGGGCCCAGCUUCUCACAGCUACGACGAGAGCCUCUCCACCCUCAGGUUUGCCAACAGGGCCAAGAACAUCAAGAACAAGCCCCGGGUGAACGAGGACCCCAAGGACACUUUGCUGCGGGAGUUUCAGGAGGAGAUUGUCCGGCUGAAAGCCCAGCUGGAGAAACGAGGCAUGCUGGGGAAGAAGAGGAGAAGGAGCAGCCGGAGGAAGAAAGCGAUGGACGGAGAAAGCGCCAUGGAGAACGAAGGGGAGGAUGACAACGAGGACGGCCUGGAGAAGAACAUGGAGAAUUACUUGAAGGAGCAGAAGGAGAGGCUGGAAGAGGAGAAAGCAGCUAUUCAGGAUGACCACAGCCUGGUGAGUGAGGAGAAGCAGAAGCUGCUGGAGGAGAAGGAGAAGAUGAUAGAGGAUCUGCGGAAGGAGCAGGAGGCCACGGAGCUACUGGCCACCAAGUACAAGGCCAUGGAGAGCAAACUGCUCAUCGGCGGCAGGAACAUCAUGGACCACACCAACGAGCAGCAGAAGAUGCUGGAGCUGAAGCGGCAGGAGAUAGCUGAGCAGAAACGCCGGGAGAGGGAGAUGCAGCAGGAGAUGUUGCUGCGGGACGAGGAGACCAUGGAGCUGAGGGAGACUUACACGUCUCUGCAGCAGGAGGUGGAGAUCAAAACCAAAAAGCUGAAGAAGCUCUACGCCAAGCUGCAGGCUGUGAAGGCGGAGAUCCAGGAUCAGCACGACGAGUACAUCCGCGUGCGUCAGGACCUGGAGGAGGCACAAAACGAGCAGACGCGGGAGCUGAAACUCAAGUACUUGAUCAUCGAGAACUUCAUCCCACCGGAAGAGAAGAACAAAAUCAUGAACCGCCUGUACUUUGACUGUGAGGAGGACCAGUGGAAGUUUCAGCCGCUUGUGCCUGCCGGAGGAAACAGCAACCAAAUGAAGAAGAGGCCUACGUCAGCUGUGGGCUACAAGAGACCCAUUAGCCAAUAUGCCCGCGUGGCCAUGGCUAUGGGGUCCCAUCCCCGGUACCGGGCUGAGAACAUCAUGUUCUUGGAACUGGACCUCUCCCCUCCAGCCGUGUUUGAGUUUGAGCGGAGCAGGGACCCAGCUGAGCAGGACCCGCGAGCUCUGCACCUGGAGCGGCUGAUGCACCUGGACAGCAUCCUGGAACGGCCAGCAGCCUCCAGGGUGAGGAAGUCCAGGUCCUGGUGCCAGACCCCCCGGUCACUGCCGUCCUCAACCACGCAUGUUUCCCUCACCUCCAGCUCCCCGCGCGCCUCCGCGAUGCCAGCUCAGGAGUGACAUCCGGGACCCCUUCGUCCCCCGCACCUUCACACAGCAAGGACUACGCCCCGUUGGUGGCCGCCUUCCAGAGCGAGAGGCCAAGGAAGGGGCCCCAGCUGGCCACAUCUCCACCAGUCCCCGUUCGUCUUUGUCUUCAGCUACUUUGUGUGCGCGUGUGUUUGUGUGAGACACUCGUAAACAGCUCCCGGGGGACGAGAGCUGCCUCCUCCUUCCUCCUCACCCCCCACCUCCGUCUGGAUUUGUCACUUUAUUUAUUUAAUGUAUUUAUUUAUGGAGUGGUUGAUGAUGCAGAGUCAGGAGGCGCAUUCAGACUGCAGGACAUCCAAGGCUAGCGGUGGGCACCAUGCAGACGAUUUCCCUGGUAGUCUCAGCUCCUACCCCCUCCCUACGACACUGGAAACAACCGUGCAGCACCGGCACCGGUACCGGGAACACAGCUGGAGGGGGUGUGAGUGCAAGCUGCGUUUCCUCUGUGCCACCGACGUACUGCUCACCUCUGAUGUACCGCUGUUUUCCUCAGAGCAGACGAGAGCGAGCUCCCUCGCUCUGAUGGCUUUGGCACGAGAUGAGACAACUCAGAACUCUCCACGCUACCGUUUGCUUUGCUGGAUCCCACCGGAUUUCCCAUAUGGAUUACGCAUCAGGUCGUGGCAACUUCUACAGGAAUUUGGAGACUUCCUGGUUGUAGAACCUUAAGCUGGGCUUGUUAAAGACCGAGAGAGACUCUCCAUGCUGCAUCCACAGCGGUGGCAGCAGUGACAUCUCACUGACUUCUGGGCAGGACUGUCACUCUGUGAAUGCCAGCUCAAUCCACCAAGAGGUGUUGCAAAUUAACCAAACGAGGUCAGUCCCAGUGCUCCUGGGACGUUGCUCAUCUGUGCCACCCUCUGGAGAUGGCUGGCCCGGCCCUGUUAGGUAGCCUGACAUGCAGCUUGCUUCAGUCCCUGACUAAGUGGGGGUAUAGCUCCUUAGAGCAAGAACAGUGGAUGGAAAUCUCCAUCCCUUUCCACCAACCCCUCCCAAAGCAACACAUAGUUUGGGGAGCAACAUUAUCUAACUAAGUAAGACCAGAGAUGAUGUGGUCCACCAUCCUGGCAACUAAAGGCAAUGAAGAAAUGCAGGACAAAAUGGUGAGGCCAGGACAAGUGGCUCUCCUCUGGGCUGGGUAAUAUUACACAGCAUUCCCCUGACAGCCUGGAGAACUUCUCCGGCCACUGCGUGGGCUGCGGAGGGGGAGGUAGUGGAUAUGAAAUGGGUAAUGGAUAAGAGAGGGACAAGGAAGAGAUGGAUGAGAGAGGGGCAAACAAUAAGGAAACUGUCUGGCACAAAGCAGAGAAAAUUAAAACCCAUCCCAGGCAACAGCGUAAAUGGUUGCCAGGGCAUCAUUCAGUGCUCUUGAGUGAUUCAGCUUUCAAAAAUUCAACUCAUGGGAGGUGGGUCCUUGCUCAAAACCACCUCUGGAAGUGCCAGGCCAGCAAAUUGGGCAUAGAAAGCAGCAAUCUACCUGGGAUGGUUUUCAGGUGUGUGGAGAUGGGGGAGAUCAAGUUGUUUUACAAGAUCCCGGUGAAUAAGGGAAUGACUCACCUGGUUCAUGUGGGAAGAUAUGGGUCUUGAAAUGGAUGUAUUCUGAAACGAGUCACUGGGGAGGCAAAUCUGAAAAGAGUACAGGUAGGGACUGUGUUUUCUGGAGACCAAGAGAAUUUCCCUCUGAGGACUGUUCAUAACUCAGACCGGUGCCUCCUGCACCUAGGACCUCUUCAGGCCCUGCGGGAGGAAGGGAGGGGUGUGAGGCAGUGAGGCGGACAGAAGACAUCGAUUGCAUCUACUUUAGACCAGUGUGAAUCACACCUAAAAGAACGUCCCAGCAGCACUGUCCAUGUGGCUGAGCUGUGCGGUGAACAGGCCUUCAAGCUGUUCUGACACCUUCUCUGCUCUGCUGUGGGAUCUCUUCUCCUUCCUCAGAAUCUGUUCCCCUUCCUGCUGUAACAUCAUCCUGCCUUGCAUUCCUGAUCUUUGCCCUGUGCCACCAUCUUCCCUUCCCUGCCUGUAUCCCAUAACACCUUCUGCCUCUUUGAAAUCUUUGUCCUUCUUCUCUCCUGUUCCAGAGGGAGGUAACUGAGUUGCAGGUUAUUUUGAGAGGCCGUAGGCUGCUCCCUCCUCCCAGGACUGAACUUAUUCUCUCAAGCAGCAGCUCGUUCUGUUUCCUCCAUCCACGAGGCCUGUUCAGUUUAGACAGAGCAGCCGAGUCCCAGGCACUGGAGCUUUGGAGAGCAAAGGCCUGUCCUUGCAAAGCCCCCUGCUAUUUAAAAGAACCCACAGUCUGGUAGGGUGUUGAAUUGUCUCAUGGGUUUCCAUCCGAAUACAAGCUUGCCCUGAAAGCCUGCAUGCGGACAAGGAACUGCAUAGCGAAUGCAGGUCCUGCAGGAGCGAGGCUGCACGGUUGUGUAGGGAAGGGAGUCGCUGUGGAAGAAGAGCACCCAGCGCUCCUCGGCAUGGGGCAUGGCCAGGGAACUGGCCUGUCCCACUGCAUGUCCCCUUUCACAGCUGGAGCAGAAGGAUGCACGAGGAAGAGAGUUUUAGGCGUGAAAGACUGUUGUCUUUCAUGGCUUGUGGUGAGUUAUGUCCACAAAUGCCACCAAUACCCACUGUAAUGUUGAUAUACAUCACAUGAGGCAUUUUGCUCUAGAACUUACAAAACCCAUUGGACCAAAGAGACCCGGUUCUUCCUCUCUUUCACUUUCAGGCUAUCCUCUGGGAGUAAGGGUCGGAAAGUAUAGACCUAAGGGAGAGAAGAAACUGUCUACAGGGCAGCCAGUAGAAAUAUUCUUCCCUUCUUCCUUGUUUUUGAAGUUCACCUUCAGCCAGAUAGAGAGCUAGCUGAGGCCUGACGUGGUGACACCUUCUCUGGUAGGGCUGCAAAUCUGUUAAAUCAUUCUCCACAUCGGAGUCUCCCACAGCACCCAGUCUCCAAAGGGACUUUCCUGUGCCAUGGCAAAGGACACUGUUCUGACCGACUGUGACCACAAUGGGAUCCACAUGGAAACCCUCCCAGCUGCAACAGUCGGCCCACCGGACACCCCUCCUGGCUGGCGACAGGCAUCGGAGAUCUGACACAGCCUGUGGGUGUUAGGAUGCAUCACUUGCCCUGCUCCGAGUUUGGCUUUGGGGGCUUUUAUGGUCUAGGAAGGCCCCACAGCUAGAUGUCCCCUCUUGAUGGUGUGAAGACAGGCGUAUGCGGCUGUAUGCAUGCACGUGGGGGUAUCCGUGUGCAGGGAACAGGGGUGAGUUGCUUUCGAUGUCCAAGUGCUGCUUUGACACAUCUGCUGUGCGUGUGGGUCUGAAAAUCUCAUGUGCACUCUCCUUCUAUCCACUGCUGCCAAUAACCUCACAAUCUUCUUAGCACAAAACCCAAGGAAGGUUGUAGAUAUAUAGUGACUAUUUAAAACGAGAACCAACGAGCUAGCAGCGGUGUCUUCCCUCUGCCUUGGUACAACAGGCUGGGUCGCUCCACAGCCUCCCUGCAUCGCUGCAGCAACCUCAGAUGUAUAUUUGUAAUGUUCUUUGUUCUUUGUAUGUUGGCGUGUGUGUAUUUACAUAUGAAUGUGUGUAGGUGUGUGCGGGUGUGUGCGCGGGUGUGUAGCCAAGGGAUCUAUUUACCUUCAAUGUGAGUGACUGUACAGGGGGGCAAAUUCCAGAGGGGGUUAGUGGGCUGGGUUUGGGCUUUUUUGUUUCAUUGUUUAUUUAGGUUUUUUUGUUUCAGAUUUGGAUUUUUUUGCAGGGGGUGGGUUCUGGGUGUGUUUUGGAUUGAUUGACAAGGUGAGGGCCUUGAUUAGGACCAAAUUUUUGUGCCUGUUGCUAUGGUGAUUUAUUUAGAAAUCAAAAGUUUACUGUAUGGUGGCCCAUCCUUGUCACUCUAUACAUAUGAAUAUACAGGACAUAUUAUAAAUAUAUAUAUAUUAUACAUACUGUACGGAGAGAGGUCAUUAAUCUCACACCCCCGCUGGCUUUGGAUGGACACCUCUUCAAUAUUCUGUAAUGUAGCUUUGACUCCGUGCUGGAAACGAACAGAAAGCGCCAGCACCUUUCGAAAAACCGGCAAUGACAACAAUAAAGGAAUGAGCAUCAUUGCAAA